AUGCCUUUGUUAAGCAUUCUUGUGUUUAAUUUUGACUACAAACUUAUUCUUUGUGUCAACAUGAAUUGGAAAUGGCGAAGAAAAGUGGAAAAUAGAAAGGCAUGCAUGCAUUUUUCUGCCAACCGAAUGAAUAGGUUGAUUUGUUAUAAAAUAACUGAAACGAACCGUAAUCUGAGAAUCGUUGAUCAUUCUAGAUCCUUAUACGCAAGCAUAUAUUAAUAUUACUAUUAUUC